AGAUGGCGCUGUUCAUGAAAGUCACGAAAUGUGCGACAAAUCUUGUUUAUCGUCAACUACGACAUGAUGUACGACUACUGUCAUCUUUACAAAACGUUCGAUCAUUCGUUCCAGGGGACAGUUGUCAUUGUGGGCUUAAUUCAAAAUAUGUUUGCUUAGAGUCGAGGAGGAAAAGACGAUAUUUUCAUUCACAAAGUCAAAGUGGUCCUCUUAGGCAUGGCAGUUAUGAAUAUCAAGAUCCAAAGUCUCCAGAUGAAAUUGUCAAUAUAACAUAUAUAGACAGAAGUGGGGAAAAAAUUCCAGUACAAGGCAAAGUCGGAGAUAACGUCAUGUAUCUAGCCCACAGAUACAACAUAGAGAUUGAAGGUGCGUGCGAAGCCUCGUUGGCGUGCUGCACAUGUCAUGUGGUCCUGACAGACGACUAUUACAAUAAACUACCAGAAAUAGAAGAAGAGGAGGAAGACAUGUUGGAUCUUGCACCAUUUUUAACCGCUACAUCUAGACUAAGUUGUCAGAUCAUCUUAACAAAGGAACUAGAAGGAAUGGAGGUCAAGCUUCCCCAGGCAACCAGGAAUUUCUACGUCGAUGGCCACGUUCCGCAGCCUCACUGACGACAGUAACCACCAUCCAAAGUUCCAAAAUGUCAAGCCCCUCUUGUCUGUGACACCUCCAAACCCUUCAGGAUUCUGCCUGGACAUGUUUUCUUGGAGAGUUGUCACGCCCACUUCAAACAUAUCUGACUCCUAUGAAGUAUUGCUCUCCAGAGUAUUAUCACCACUUCUAUAUUCCUGAUGUAUUGUUAGUGUGUCAGAGGCACAGUUUGAAACAAUUGACUCUGUUACACUUUGAUUCACACCAUUGCUCUCUGUAUUUUGGUGCUUCAAGUCACUGCAGUGAAACUGUUGCAGUUUCACACUGUCAAAACCUUCCACAUGGUGGAGAAAGCAGAAAGGAUUUGUAGGGUUUUUACGUAUCAGAUGGAAUGUGGAGUGGGCAAUGGGAUGGUUAAUUGGUUAUCUCAAAAUACAGACUAGUCCUGUUCCUUUCAGAUCACUCCUUGCAUAUCACAACAUCUCAAUACUGGGAACAGACAAGAUUUCCCAGAGGGAGCCCAGCUAAGCUGGUUCAUAUGAGGUAUCAAUGUACUUGGCUUUUUCUCCACAGAAAUGGCCCGUGUGCCAAAUCAGAACUGUAUUUCUUUUCAGUGCAAUGUUCCAAGCAUUCUUAGCUUUUUACAUUCUUUCUUUUCCACGGCAUUUUGUUUUUCAAUUUCUGGAUGGUGAAGAAGUUAAUUUGUUCAAAAUGUGCCUGGAGAUUUACCGUAAGCUCUUAAAUGUGCUAAACUUCUGCCACAUUUUACUGUUGUCUGGAAGUGAAUUGUUAGAAAAGCUUCACUAAUGCAGGUUUAUCUCUGAAGGCUUCAUAUUUACCGGCUUAUCAAAAGGGAACCUCAGCCUUUUCUAAUGAAUUCAAACAGACACAAAUUAUUGACAAAAGCCUGCAUGGAUCAGUUUAAAACGACUUAUUGAUUUAUUCUGUCUGAUAUGCUGUCAUGUAAAUUGAAACUUCAGUUUUAUGUCACUAUAAGCAAACCUUUUUAUGACAAAGUAGGGAAUAAAGAAAAGAGGCUUAUUCUGGCCCAAGCAAAAGAGAAGAAUUUUUCAAUCAAACUGAUUAGACUUGAUUUGGUUAUGAGAGAUCUGUACAGGGUGCCCUAAACCAAAAAUACACCAUAUAUUACCUGUUAAAUACAUCAGAUAUAGAGCUUCCUUUGGAAGGAUGUUUUGAACUUGAAUGCAAAUAUAAACAUGUACGUGUACCUACUGUGAUAUGCAAAUUGAAUUGAAAGUUUUAGAAAUCGCUUUGUUGUUUUUUUUACAUGUUUUUCUAUCUUGAUCUUGAUCAUUUUCUGUUUAAUGUGUGUUCCAACCCAGGCUGAAAGGCGCACAAAAUAUGUUUAUUAAACGUUUACAUAUGUGUAAUACAA